CUUUGGACGCUACUUACACCGUCACAAUCCAGUCCAGUGAUCUGACACCAUGAAACCUCAUGAUCUAGCAUUACUUCAUAAGCACUGCACGCUUCCUUUUACCUUCCUGAUCUUCUUUCCUUCGCUCCAGUGCCAUGGCCGGCGUCAAUCAAAACAUACGGCAGGUCCUGCUAGUGCUCGCCACCGUCGCCGUCGUCGCCCACGGUGCCACGACCACGCACCUCCAGUUCUACAUGCACGACAUGGUGACGCCAUCGGCGGGGAGCCUGGCGACGGCGGUGCGCUCGGUGAGGGGCCCGACGCCGGCGCCUGGCAACCCCAUCAACCGGUUCGGCGACAUGUACGUGAUCGACGACGCGCUGACGGAGGGGCCCGACGCGGCGUCCCGGGCCGUCGGACGCGCGCAGGGGUUCUACCUCAUGGCGUCCCGGUCGGCGGACCAGCUGCUGCUUUCCGCCAACGUGGUGUUCACGGCGGGGAGGCACAACGGGAGCUCCAUCGCCUUGAUGGGCAGGGACGCCAUCCUCGACGAGGUCAGGGAGCUUCCUGUCGUAGGGGGCACCGGCGGGUUCCGCGGCGCCGCCGGGUACGGCCUGAUCCGGACGCACUCCUUCAACGCCAGCAACAACAACGCCGUGCUCAAGGUCGACAUGUACCUAAGCGUGUAAGGUAGGGUUUGGCAAGCAAGGCGCGUACGUACCUGAGCUUCAUGGCACAUGAUGAGUUUGCUCAUCUCUCGAGGUGUAACUGGGGUGUGGUGUCACCGUUUGCAGUGUGUGUAAUUCAAAAUAAUUUCGCCUUUGGAGUGUUGAAAUUUCUGUAAAGUUCUGGUAUAUGGUAAUGCUGUUCCGAUUGUUU